GCCGCCGCCGCCGCCGCAGCCACCGCCGCCGCCGCCGGGGAGCGGAGCCGCGGGCAGGCCGGGCCGCACAGCAGCCCCGUGUCCGCCCGCGCCCCGCCCUAGCUGUGCGCCCGGGCCCUGCGCCCCGCCAUGCGCGCCAAGUUGCGGGCCGGGGACCCGGGGCUGGCGCCCUAGGAGGCGGCGGCGGGAGGAUCGCGCCCCGGCUGGAGGCCCGGCCUACUGCGCGCCCCCAGCCGGAUCCACACCGCCACUUGCCUGAGCGCUCGGGCGACCUGAGCGCGCCCCGACUCUAGGCGCAGCCGCCGCCACCUCCGCGAGGUUCCCGGAGUCUCUGAGGACACAGCGUGGCCGGCGGCCGUUUCUGGUGCCUGUGACCGCGCUGCCCGCGAGCAGAUGACGAGGACAGGUUCUUAACCCUCAGUGGCCGUCGAGAGGGAGCUUGUCCGGACACCCCCGCCAUGUCCGGGUCCACGCAGCCCGUGGCACAGACGUGGAGGGCCACCGAGCCCCGCUACCCGCCCCAUGGCAUCUCCUACCCCGUGCAGAUCGCCCGAACCCACACGGACGUGGGGCUGCUCGAGUACCAGCACCACCCCCGGGACUACGCCUCGCAUCUGUCGCCCGGCUCCAUCAUCCAGCCCCAGCGGAGGAGGCCCUCCCUGCUGUCCGAAUUCCAGCCCGGGAACGAGAGGUCUCAGGAGCUUCACCUGCGGCCCGAGCCCCACUCGUACCUGCCCGAGCUGGGCAAGUCGGAGAUGGAGUUCAUCGACAGCAAGCGCCCUCGCCUGGAGCUGCUGCCCGACCCCCUGCUGCGGCCGUCCCCUGUGCUGGCUGGCGGCCAGCCCGGGGGCUCCGAGGACCUGUCCAAGGACCGCAGCCUGGCGGGCAAACUGGAGCCGGUGUCCCCGCCCAGCCCCCCGCACGCCGACCCCGAGCUGGAGCUGGUGCCCCCACGGCUGUCCAAGGAGGAGCUGAUCCAAAGCAUGGACCGCGUGGACCGCGAGAUCACCAUGGUGGAGCAGCAGAUCUCCAAGCUGAAGAAGAAGCAGCAACAGCUGGAGGAGGAGGCCGCCAAGCCGCCCGAGCCCGAGAAGCCCGUGUCGCCGCCGCCCAUCGAGUCGAAGCACCGCAGCCUGGUGCAGAUCAUCUACGACGAGAACCGGAAGAAGGCUGAAGCUGCACACCGGAUUCUGGAAGGCCUGGGGCCCCAGGUGGAGCUGCCGCUGUACAACCAGCCCUCCGACACCAGGCAGUAUCAUGAGAACAUCAAAAUAAACCAGGCGAUGCGGAAAAAGUUAAUCUUGUACUUCAAGAGGAGGAAUCACGCUCGGAAACAAUGGGAGCAGAAGUUCUGCCAGCGCUAUGACCAGCUCAUGGAGGCCUGGGAGAAGAAGGUGGAGCGCAUCGAGAACAACCCCCGGCGGCGGGCCAAGGAGAGCAAGGUGCGCGAGUACUACGAGAAGCAGUUCCCCGAGAUCCGCAAGCAGCGCGAGCUGCAGGAGCGCAUGCAGAGCAGGGUGGGCCAGCGGGGCGGCGGGCUCUCCAUGUCGGCCGCCCGCAGCGAGCACGAGGUGUCGGAGAUCAUCGACGGCCUCUCGGAGCAGGAGAACCUGGAGAAGCAGAUGCGCCAACUGGCUGUGAUCCCGCCGAUGCUCUACGACGCCGACCAGCAGCGCAUCAAGUUCAUCAACAUGAACGGGCUCAUGGACGACCCCAUGAAGGUGUACAAGGACCGCCAGGUCAUGAACAUGUGGAGCGAGCAGGAGAAGGAGACCUUCCGGGAGAAGUUCAUGCAGCACCCCAAGAACUUUGGCCUGAUCGCAUCUUUCCUGGAGAGGAAGACGGUGGCCGAGUGCGUCCUCUAUUACUACCUGACCAAGAAGAAUGAGAACUACAAGAGCCUAGUGAGGCGGAGCUACCGGCGCCGCGGGAAAAGCCAGCAGCAACAGCAGCAGCAGCAGCAGCAGCAGCAGAUGCCCCGGAGCAACCAGGAUGAGAAGGAGGAGAAGGAGAAGGAGGCAGAGAAGGAGGAGGAGAGGCCAGACGUGGAGAACGACAAGGAGGAGCUGAUCAAGGAGAAGACGGACGACACCUCUGGGGAGGACAAUGACGAGAAGGAGGCGGUGGCCUCCAAAGGCCGCAAGACUGCCAACAGCCAGGGGAGACGCAAAGGCCGCAUCACCCGCUCGAUGGCCAACGAGGCCAACAGCGAGGAGGCCGUCACCCCGCAGCAGAGCGCCGAGCUGGCCUCCAUGGAGAUGAACGAGAGCUCCCGCUGGACCGAGGAGGAGAUGGAGACGGCUAAGAAAGGUCUCCUGGAACACGGCCGGAACUGGUCGGCCAUCGCCCGGAUGGUGGGCUCCAAGACGGUGUCCCAGUGUAAGAACUUCUACUUCAACUACAAGAAGAGGCAGAACCUGGAUGAGAUCCUGCAGCAGCACAAGCUGAAGAUGGAGAAGGAGAGGAACGCGCGCCGGAAGAAGAAGAAAGCCCCGGCCGCGGCCAGCGAGGAGGCUGCCUUCCCGCCUGCGGUGGAGGACGAGGAGAUGGAGGCGUCGGGAGCGAGCGGAAACGAGGAGGAAAUGGCGGAGGAGGCGGAAGCCUUACAUGCCUCUGGGAUCGAGGUGCCCAGAGGGGAAUGCAGUGGCCCAGCUGCCGUCACCAACAGCUCCGACACCGAGAGCAUCCCCUCGCCCCGCACGGAGGCGGCCAAGGACACCGGGCAGAACGGGCCCAAGCCCCCACCCGCCCCGGGUGCCGACGCACCACCCCCUGAGCCGCCCACCCCACCACCGGAGGACGCCCCGGCCCCCGCCGAGCCGGCCCCGGCCCCGGCCCCCGAAGCCACCGGCUCGCCCACACCCCCGCUGGCUGCUCCUGCCUCGGCGGCGCCUCUUCCUGUGGUCCCCAAGGAGGAGAAGGAGGAGGAGGCCAUCGCAGCGGCCCCGGCGGUGGAGGAGGGGGAGGAGCAGAAGCCGGCUGUGGCCCAAGAACUGGCAGUGGAUGUGGGCAAGAAGGAGGAGCCAGACGAGGUGCCGCCCGCCGAGCCCAUCAAGACGGAGUGCAAGGAGGAGGCCGCGGAGGACGGUCCCGACAAAGGCAAGGGGGCCGUGGAGGCCGGUGCCGAGCCCACAGCGCCAGAGCCAGCGCUCAAGGUGGAGAAGAAGGAGGCCGGAGGAGGCCCUGCAGGCAAAGCCCCCUCCGCCAAGGGCUCGGGCGCCCCCCAGGACAGCGACUCCAGUGCCACCUGCAGUGCCGACGAGGUGGACGAGCCAGAGGGCAGUGACAAGAACAGGCUGCUGUCCCCGCGCCCCAGCCUCCUCACCCCCACCGGCGACCCCAGGACCAACGCCUCGCCCCAGAAGCCGCUGGACCUGAAGCAGCUGAAGCAGCGAGCGGCCGCCAUCCCCCCCAUCCAGGUCACCAAAGCCCACGAGCCUCCCCGGGAGGACACAGCGCCCCCCGCCCCAGCGCCGACGCAGCACCUGCAGCCAGAGAGCAGCGCCUCCCAGCAGUGCGGCGGCAGCCCUCGAGGCAAAAGCAGGAGCCCUGUGCCCCCUGCCGAGAAGGAAGAGAAGCCCGUGUUCUUCCCGGCCUUUGCCGCCGAGGGCCAGAAGCUGCCCGCGGAGCCCCCGUGCUGGACGCCAGGCCUGCCCUUCCCCGUGCCCCCUCGUGAGGUGAUCAAGGCCUCCCCGCACGCCCCGGACCCCUCGGCCUUCUCCUACGCCCCGCCUGGCCACCCGCUGUCCCUGGGCCUCCACGACAGCACCCGGCCCGUGCUGCCCCGCCCCCCCACCAUCUCCAACCCCCCACCGCUCAUCUCUUCCAGCAAGCACCCCAGCGUCCUCGACAGGCAGGGCCUGUCGGUGCAGCUCCACGCCCCGUACUCCGAGCACGCCAAGGUCCCUGUGGGCCCCAUCACCAUGGGGCUGCCCCUCACCAUGGACCCCAAGAAGCUGGCACCCUUCAGCGGAGUGAAGCAGGAGCAGCUGUCCCCCCGGGGCCAGGCUGGGCCGCCGGAGAGCCUGGGGGUGCCCACAGCCCAGGAGACGUCCGUGCUGAGAGGGACGUCUCUGGGCUCAGUUCCGGGCGGGAGCAUCAGCAAGGGUGUCCCCAGUGCACGGGUGCCCGCCGAGAGCCCCGGCACCUACCGCGGCUCCAUCACCCACGGCACGCCGGCUGACGUCCUGUACAAGGGCACCAUCACCAGGAUCAUCGGUGAGGACAGCCCGAGCCGCCUGGACCGCAGUCGGGAGGAUGGCCUGCCCAAGGGCCACGUCAUCUACGAGGGCAAGAAGGGCCACAUCCUGUCCUACGAGGGUGGCCUGUCUGUGUCCCAGUGCUCCAAGGAGGACAGCAGGAGCAGCUCAGGGCCCCCCCACGAGACGGCCGCCCCCAAGCGCACCUACGACAUGAUGGAGGGCCGCGUCGGCAGGACCCUCACCUCGGCCGGCAUCGAAGGCCUCAUGGGCCGCGUUGUCCCUCCCGAGCGGCGCAGCCCCCACCACCUCAAGGAGCAGCAGCAGCACCACAGCCGCGGCUCCAUCACCCAAGGGAUCCCACGGUCCUACGUGGAGGCCCAGGAAGACUACCUGCGCCGGGAGGCCAAGCUGCUGAAGCUGGAGGGCACGCCGCCGCCCCCUCCGCCCCCGCGGGACCUGGCCGAGGCCUACAAGGCCCGGCCCUUGGAGGCCCUGGGCCCCCUGAAGCUGAAGCCAGCGCACGAGGGCCUGGUGGCGACGGUGAAGGAGGCAGGCCGCUCCAUCCACGAGAUCCCGCGGGAGGAGCUGCGGCGCACGCCGGAGCUGCCCCUGGCCCCCCGGCCGCUCAAGGAGGGCUCCAUCACGCAGGGCACCCCACUCAAGUACGAUGCGGGCACGUCCUCCGCCGGCUCCAAGAAGCACGACGUUCGCUCCAUCAUCGGCAGCCCCGGCCGCAGCUUCCCGCCUGUGCACCCGCUGGACGCGAUGGCCGACGCGCGGGCGCUGGAGCGAGCCUGCUACGAGGAGGGCCUGAAGAGCCGGCCGGGGGCCGUGGGCGGCGCAGGGGGCUCCAUCACCCGGGGCGCCCCGGUCAUCGUCCCUGAGCUGGGCAAGCCGCGGCAGAGCCCCCUGACCUAUGAGGAUCACGGGGCGCCCUUCAGCAGCCACCUGCCCCGCGGCUCGCCUGUGACCACGCGGGAGCCGACCCCACGCCUUCAGGAGGGCAGCCUCUCGUCCAGCAAGGCGUCCCAGGACCGCAAGCUGACGUCGACGCCCCGCGAGAUCGCCAAGUCCCCGCACAGCGCCGUGCCCGAGCACCACCCCCACCCCAUCUCACCCUACGAGCACCUCCUCCGGGGAGUGAGCGGCGUGGACCUCUACCGCGGCCACAUCCCGCUCGCCUUCGACCCCACCUCCAUUCCCCGCGGGAUCCCCCUGGAUGCAGCUGCUGCCUACUACCUGCCCCGGCACCUGGCCCCCAACCCCGCCUACCCUCACCUGUACCCGCCUUACCUCAUCCGCGGCUACCCCGACACAGCGGCGCUGGAGAACCGCCAGACAAUCAUCAACGACUACAUCACCUCGCAGCAGAUGCACCACAACGCGGCCGCCGCCGUGGCCCAGCGCGCCGACAUGCUGCGCGGGCUCUCGCCCCGCGAGUCCUCGCUGGCGCUCAACUACGCCGCCGGCCCGCGAGGCAUCAUCGACCUGUCCCAAGUGCCACACCUGCCCGUGCUGGUGCCCCCAACACCGGGCACGCCAGCCACCGCCAUGGACCGCCUGGCCUACCUCCCCGCCGCACCCCAGCACUUCAGCAGCCGGCUCAGCAGCUCCCCGCUCUCCCCAGGAGGCCCCGCCCACUUGACAAAGCCCAGCUCCUCCUCGUCCUCCGAGCGCGAGCGCGAGCGAGACCGCGACAGGGACCGGGAGCGGGACCGGGAGCGCGAGAAGCCCGCCCUCACGGCCACCGCGACGGUGGAGCACGCGCCCAUCUGGAGGCCCGGUACCGAGCAGAGCGGCGGCGGCGGCGGCGGCGGCGGCGGGGGCGGUGGCCGCCCCGCCUCCCACCCCCACCCCCACCCCCUGCAGCACUCGCCCAUCUCACCCCGGACCCAGGACGCCGUCCAGCAGAGACCCAGUGUGCUGCACAACGCGGGCGCGAGGGGCCCCGCCGCCCCCGCGGAGCCCGGCACGCCCACGGUGCUGAGGUCCGCCUCCACCUCCUCGCCUGUCCGCCCAGCGGCCACAUUCCCGCCUGCCACCCACUGCCCGCUGGGCAGCGCCCUGGACGGGGUCUACCCCACCCUUAUGGAGCCCAUCCUGCUGCCCAAAGAGACCCCGAGGGUCGCUCGGCCAGAGAGGCCCCGCGGGGACACCGGCCACGCCUUCCUCACCAAGCCCCCCGCCCGCUCAGGGCUGGAGCCCGCCUCCUCCCCGGGCAAGGGCUCCGAGCCCCGGGCCCUGGCGCCCCCCGCCUCCAGCCACGCGGCCGUCACCCGCACCCCGGCGAAGAGCCUCGCGCCCCACCACGCCAGCCCGGACCCGCCGGCGCCGCCCACCUCGGCCGCAGACCUGCACCGGGAAAAGACUCAAAGUAAACCCUUUCCCAUCCAGGAACUGGAGCUCCGUUCUCUGGGCCACCACGGCAGCAGCUACAGCCCCGACGGGGUGGAGCCCGUCAGCCCUGUGAGCUCGCCCAGCCUGACCCACGACAAGGGGCUCCCCAAGCACCUCGAGGAGCUGGACAAGGGCCUCCUGGAGGGGGACCUGCGUCACAAGCAGCCAGGCUCCGCGAAGCUGGGCAGCGAGGCCGUGCACCUCCCGCACCUGCGGCCGCUCUCCGAGAGCCAGCCCUCCGGCCCUCUGCUGCAGGCCGCCCCGGGGGUCAAGGGUCACCAGCGGGUCGUCACCCUGGCUCAGCACAUCAGUGAGGUCAUCACGCAGGACUACACGAGGCACCACCCGCAGCAGCUCAGCGCGCCCCUCCCCGCCCCCCUCUACUCCUUCCCCGGAGCCAGCUGCCCCGUCCUGGACCUGCGCCGGCCCCCCAGCGACCUCUACCUCCCGCCCCCGGACCAUGGCGCCCCCGCCCGUGGCUCCCCCCACAGCGAAGGGGGCAAGAGGUCUCCAGAGCCAAGCAAAGCCGCAGCCCUGGGCAGUGGUGAGGACGGCAUCGAGCCAGUGUCCCCGCCGGAGAGCGGGGCUGAGCCCGGGCAUCCACGGGGCGCCAUGUACCCCCUGCUAUACCGGGAUGGGGAGCAGGUGGAGCCCAGCAGGAUGGGCUCCAAGUCUCCAGGCAACACCAGCCAGCCGCCGGCCUUCUUCAGCAAGCUGACCGAGAGCAACUCGGCCAUGGUCAAGUCCAAGAAACAGGAGAUCAACAAGAAGCUGAGCACCCACAACCGCAGCGAGCCCGAAUACAGCAUCGGCCAGCCCGGGACGGAGAUCUUCAACAUGCCGGCCAUCACGGGAGCAGGCCUCAUGACCUGCCGAAGCCAGGCGGUGCAGGAGCAUGCCAGCACCAACAUGGGGCUGGAGGCCAUUAUUAGAAAGGCGCUCAUGGGUAAAUAUGAUCAGUGGGAGGAGCCCCCGCUCGGCGCCAAUGCUUUUAACGCUCUGAGUGCCAGUGCCGGCCUGCCCGCUGCUCUGCCCGUAACCGCUGCUGACGGACGGAGCGAACACGCCCUCACCUCGCCAGGUGGCGGCGGGAAGGCCAAAGUCUCUGGCAGACCCGGCAGCCGAAAAGCCAAGUCCCCAGCCCCGGGCCUGGCGUCCGGGGACCGGCCCCCCUCCGUCUCCUCGGUGCACUCGGAGGGGGACUGCAGCCGCCGGACACCGCUCACCAACCGCGUGUGGGAGGACCGCCCCUCGUCUGCGGGUUCCACGCCGUUCCCCUACAACCCCCUGAUCAUGCGGCUGCAGGCGGGCGUCAUGACCUCCCCGCCCCCGCCGGGCCUGCCCCCGGGCAGCGGGCCCCUCGCCGGCCCCCAUCACGCCUGGGACGAGGAGCCCAAGCCGCUGCUCUGCGAGCAGUACGAGACGCUCUCCGACAGCGAGUGACCUUCCACGAGCGUCCCGAGCAGCCGGGUGAGAAGCGGGAGGCUCCGACUCCCCCAGCCGAGGAAGGAGCCCCAGAGUCGGCCUGCGCAUCCGUCCGUCCGUCCGUCCGUCCAGAGCCGGCAUCCUUGCCUGUCUAAAGCCUUAACUGGGACUCCCACCCCGGCUGGCCCUGCGCAGUGACCUUACUCAGGGGAUGUUUACCUGGUGCUCGGGAGGGGAGGGGCCGGGGAGGCGGCGCAGCCCGCGUGCGGCAGCCACACGCACGAGGCUGGGGUGGCCAGGGACCCAACGCAGGAUGACCGCGCGCUCCCACGCCGCUGCCUCCCCCCUUCAUGCAUUUGGAACCAAAGUCGAAACUGAGCGAGCAGCCCCCGCACCCUUCCUCCACCCCCAUCCCGCUUAGCGCUCUGGACAGACGGACAUGGUCCCUGUCCAACUCCCCGCGCUCUGGUCCCGGUCCCCGCGGGCUGCCCCAGCCACCGAGACUGCUGGAAACAAGGUCGGGCGGACGGGCCGGCGGAAGGGCCGGGGGCGGCCCCGGCGAGCGGCCGGAGGACCUGGACUGUCGUUCUCGUGCAUCGUCGCCACGGCGACGGGAAAGAAGGGCCGGUGUAGAUGAUGUAUUGGUUUACAGGGUAUAUUUUUGAUACCUUCAAUUAAUUAAUUCAGAUGUUUUACGCAAGGAAGGACUUACCCAGUAUUAUUGCUGCUGUGCUUUCAAUUGCUUACCGUUCAAGGGCGCCAGCAGGCCCCCGUUGGUGACCCAUCGUCCGCAGGCCGAGGGCGGGGCCGCCAG